GUGUGACGCAUGCUGAGCUGACCAGGAAGGAGGAAAGCUUCUAAAGGUUCUGUGCACAAACCUUACCCGGAAGAGGAACAGCUGCAGGGGCAGCUUGGCUUCUGUUUGAACUUCAGAUAAUCCAAGGGGGGGACGUAUUAAAAUGAAGAGCCCUAGGACUUUUGAGGAGCAAACAGAGUGCAUUGUGGAGGCACUUCUCUCUGAUCUCCUAGGGGAAGACGAAUGGCUUGCUUCCCGCAGUCUGGAGACAGACUCUUUUGCUGAGUCACACGCAGGUUGUACCCCUUUUUCCUGCUCUCUCUCUGCCGUCUUAGAAGGUGAGCUCUCUGCAGGAGCAGAAGCUUCAAGUACCUUUGAUUCAGUUAUUAUUGCCAGUCGUCUGCGGAGACUAGGAGACCAAUAUAACGAGGAUCUGGAGCAGCCUGCCCAGCGCGUCAUUGCUGAGAUGGCUAAGGGAAAGGUGGAGGAAUUUGGAGUCAUGGUGGAUUCUCUCAGCAAGAGUUGGAGCAGCCUGAAUCCUGGGCUGGGCUACGAGAGGGCUUUUCUGGCAGUGUCUGUGAAAUUGUUAGCAUACCUUUCCCGGAAAGUUCCAGCUGUGGCCCGUCGAAUCCAGCUUGUGGAGCUGAUUAAUGGGAACCGUGAAGUGAGAGGAUACAUCGAGACCCGUGGUGGCUGGGAGAACUUUGAAAACUGAUGGAAAAGGCUACACUGCCUCCCAGGGAGUGAAAUGGCAGCUUUCAAUGACUUGACUUAAACUAUUAAACUGUUUUCUGAAAAUUGUUUUCCCAGCCAUCAGUCUUUCUACUUCCCUCUGCCCCGAAGAUCGAUCCAGUCAGUAAUUGGGACACCUCAACAUGGAGCUAUUCUUCCACACCAGAUGUGGCUCUCUUGUUCUUGCACUUAUUCAUUUAUUUACAAAUAAUUUGUAGGAUUGAUUUGGUUUCCCUCCAACAUAGGCUGUAAAUGCAACUUUUAAGUGUGAGGACUGACAGCGACACAUUUGUUCUGCCAGCUUUGGUGCUGAACUCCUACCCUGUAACGCCGAAGGGAGAGGGAGCCAGAGAUGGCUGCCUAGUAUCGUGUUGGGAAACAGACCAGCCAAGGAAUUGAGUCCGAGCAAGCCAAAAAGGAGGACACUGUGAACAAGAAGAAUGCUAUUUAUAGCAGAGCCCACAGAUGUGAGAACUGGUAGCACUGAACACUCUCUUGGCCAUCCUACUUCUCUAGUGCUCUAAGAGUUAACAAACUUCUACAAUUAGGGGAAUUGUCUUCUCUAGCUCGCCAUGCUCACUGAAAGCCCAGUCAAACCUCCUCCUGCUACCUCUAGGAGUUGGUAUUAACAGAAAGAGGCACUCACAUACAGUCCCCCAGGAGCUACUGGUAUAUACGCUCUGCAGUAAAAUCAGCUACACCAAAUCUGUGUCUUAGCCUGUGCCACAUUACACUUGGGUUUGCUGGAGUGACUCCAUAAGGAUUCAAGGUUUUACAUGAUCCUGCAGUUUGCAGAGGGCUCGUUGGGAUGCUGCUGUUGAAUCAGUUCAUUAUAGGAGUAGGUCAGUGAAACAAGGCCUACAUACCAUAUAGGACUCUGUGGGAGAGCCAGCUCAACCUGGAAUAUCCCACCCCAAAUCAUCACUGGGGCGGUCAUAGAGAGAUGGUUCCACCCCACCAGCGGUCCCCUCAGAAGCCAGCUGCUGCUACUCAAGGGAUCUGUGGGGAGUUAUUUGGAAUUCCUCUGUAAACCCACUUCUCUCUCCUCCAGACUCAGCUCUGACACCUAUAGGAAAUCAGUGGGUCAGUGAUGUCUGGGCUGAGAGGCAGAUGAGCACAAUGGCCCAACUUAAUGUAUUUUUAAUAAAAUGAGCAAAUGAAUCUG